AUGCUGGCAGUCAGGAGCUUCUCUAUUACGGCGAGGCACUGUGCUCGCUCGGCGGGUCCUCGGAAAACGGUUAGCGUCGCGAUCCAGGCUCAGCGAUACUAUUCUGCUAGCAAGGAGCGAGUGGCCAAGUUUGAGGGUGUCAAGGAUGUUAAUGGAAACUACACUGUCAGCUUGAUCGAGGGUGAUGGUAUCGGUCCCGAGAUUUCUGCUGCUGUCAAGAACAUUUUCGCUGCUGCCAAGACUCCUAUUCAAUGGGAACCCAUUGAAGUCACUCCCAUUAUCAAGGACGGAAGGUCGGCGAUUCCCGAUGCGGCGAUUGAGAGUAUCGAGAGGAACAAGGUUGCCCUCAAGGGUCCCCUUGCGACCCCUAUUGGCAAGGGCCAUGUCUCGCUUAACCUGACCCUCCGACGAACCUUCAACCUCUUCGCCAACCUCCGACCCUGCCGAUCGAUCGCCGGCUACAAGACCCCCUACGACAACGUCGACACCGUGCUCAUCCGAGAGAACACCGAGGGCGAGUACUCCGGCAUCGAGCACGAGGUCGUUGACGGCGUCGUCCAGUCUAUCAAGCUCAUCACCCGCGAUGCCUCCGAGCGCGUCCUCCGCUUCGCCUUCCAGCACGCCGAGGAGAUCGGCCGCAAGAAGGUCCGCGUAGUACACAAGGCCACCAUCAUGAAGCUCAGCGACGGUCUCUUCCUCACCACCGCCCAGCAGAUCGCCAAGGAGUACCCCCACAUCGAGUUCGACGCCGAGCUCCUCGACAACACCUGCCUCCGCAUGACCACCGACCCCGUCCCCUACAACGACAAGGUUCUCGUCAUGCCUAACCUCUACGGUGACAUUCUCUCCGACAUGUGCGCCGGCCUCAUCGGCGGUCUCGGCCUCACCCCCUCGGGUAACAUGGGUGACGAGGUCUCCAUCUUCGAGGCCGUCCACGGCUCCGCUCCCGAUAUUGCCGGCCAGAACAAGGCGAACCCCACCGCGCUCCUUCUCAGCUCCAUCAUGAUGCUGCGACACAUGGGUCUUACUGAGCAUGCCGUCCGCAUCGAGAAGGCUAUCUUCGAUACCCUUGCUGAGGGUAAGAGCCUUACUGGUGAUCUUGGUGGCAAGGCCUCUACUUCGCAGUAUGCCGAUGCCAUUAUUGCCAAGCUCUAA